GCGUUGGUGACGUAGGCUUCUUGCCGGAAGCAAGAAGAGGUAGAAGUGUUACACUGCUCUGGGUGAUUUAACUUUAGGGCUGGGGGCUAAUUGCUGCUCAAAAGCUCCGAGGUGCGUGAGUGGACCAAAUUCUCCGCUUUGCGAGAAGUUAGGGCGUGCGCGGAGGUGUGUUUUUAGUGUGUAUCCUGUGCUUGAUUGGGGACCCCGAAUCCAGUCUGUUAAGUUCUUCAACUUAAUUAGACGCCAUGGAGGCACCUCCUGUCACCAUGAUGCCUGUCACCGGGGGCACCAUAAACAUGAUGGAGUACCUGCUGCAGGGAAGUGUUUUAGAUCACAGUUUGGAAAGCCUCAUCCACCGCCUUCGUGGUUUGUGUGACAACAUGGAGCCUGAGACUUUCCUUGACCAUGAGAUGGUAUUCCUCCUUAAGGGUCAGCAGGCCAGUCCAUUUGUUCUAAGGGCACGGCGCUCUAUGGAUAGGGCAGGGGCACCCUGGCAUCUGCGCUACUUAGGACAGCCUGAAAUGGGAGACAAGAACCGCCAUGCUUUGGUGCGAAACUGCGUGGACAUUGCAACAUCUGAGAACCUCACUGACUUCCUGAUGGAAAUGGGCUUCCGCAUGGACCAUGAGUUUGUUGCCAAGGGACACUUGUUCCGUAAGGGCAUCAUGAAGAUUAUGGUGUACAAGAUCUUCCGCAUCCUUGUGCCAGGGAACACAGACAGCACUGAGGCCUUGUCACUCUCCUUUCUUGUGGAAUUAAGUGUUGUUGCACCAGCUGGGCAGGACAUGGUAUCUGAUGACAUGAGGAACUUUGCAGAGCAGCUGAAACCUCUGGUUCACCUAGAGAAAAUAGACCCCAAAAGGCUCAUGUGACUAAGACAGUCUGUCCAGAGUUUGGGCCUAUCAUCUGUUACAAAAAAGCAGACAUUGUAAAUGCCCCAUUUCACCACUACUGGCCAAGCAGUCUUCUCCCAAGAAGGAGGACAGUGAAAACUUAAUUGGUUCUUUUCAUUGUUUUCCUCACGUGGCAAGUUUAUUUUUGUAUCAGCUUUUCUAAAUUACGGCACAAGAAAACAUGGAGAAUCUGCAUAAUCCUUCUGCAUAAAGAAAGAAAUGGGUAUAAAUUAGCUUCUGGAAAGAAAAAUCUCUUAAUCAUUUUGCAAUUGAUGCAUAAGAUUUGUAAAAUAAGACUGUGAGCUCAUAUUGUGUGGUAAUAAAGGUUAUGAAAAGAAA